AUGCUCUUCUCAAGGAGACUAUUCGCCGGCCUGACGGCGUUGGCAACAACAGCUUCAGCUCAGACGUAUUCAUCGUGUAACCCCCUCCAACAAACAACAUGUCCCGCCGACACAGCUCUCGGCAUGGCCAUCCACGUCGACUUCACCCAGGGCGCCGUCAACUCCUUCGCCGCAUCAGGUAACCCGACCUACGGCUCCGACGGCGUGACCUUCAGCGUCGCCGCCUCGGGCCAGGCGCCGCAACUCAUGUCCCUCUUCUACAUCAUGUUCGGCCGCGUCGAAAUCACCCUGAAAGCCGCCACCGGCGCCGGCAUCGUCAGCUCCCUCGUCCUGCAGUCCGACACCCUCGACGAGAUCGACAUGGAGUGGCUCGGCGCCGACCCGACAGAGGUGCAGUCAAACUACUUUGGUAAAGGCGACGUGACGACCUACAACCGCGGCCAGUUCCACCAGACCAGCAAGAACAACCAGGAGAAUUUCAUGAAGUACACCAUCGACUGGACCUCGGAGCGCAUCGUCUUCUCCGUCGACGGCACCGUCGUCCGCACCUUGAAGGAAUCCGAGGCCGAUACAAACCAGUACCCGCAGUCGCCCAUGCAGGUCAAAUUCGGCUCCUGGUCCGGCGGCGACCCGGCCAACGCCGCCGGCACGAUCGACUGGGCCCGCGGACCGACGGACUUCUCCAAGGGGCCCUUCCACAUGGUCGUCAAGGACGUUUCGAUCACGGACUACUCGACGGGUAAAGAGUACAAGUACACCGACACCACGGGCAACUGGGGCUCCAUCCAGGCCGUCGACGGCCAGGUCAACGGGAACCUGGGGAAGGCGAGCCAGGUCACCUACACCGCCAGCGCGGCCGCCGAGACGGGUUCCCCCGCGCCCACGGUGCCCCGCGGCGGUAUCGGCGCCGACGAGUCGGCCUCCGCUACGCAGACGGGUUGGCCUUGGGUCGCGAGCGCGAGACCUACGGGCGGUUCUGUGCCGGACGGAUGGCGCAUGACGUCCGAGGGCAAGAUUAUUCCCGACGGCGCGGGCAGCUCGGUGCGUCCUUCGUGUCUGGUCUUGGUGGUGUCGUUUGCUGUCGGUAUUUUCGCUUUGACGGGGCGGUAG